AUGUCUUCUAGAACGGGCCAACGUGGCCCAUCGUUGUCUACGAGCCAACGCAAGCAUAGGUCCAGAUCAGCACCGCGGUAUGACCUCGAGAAGAAACCAAAGAAGAAGGAAGCAUCGGGCACUAGCAGUCUGGUCUCCAUCCCCAAUAGCAUUAAAUUGACGAUGCUUAACAGCGGCCUUAUUUCCUUCGCAUCUAAAGUGCUUUGUAAUUUCUGGUUUUGUUCUGUCGUGUCGAUGUCACAAGCCUCUGACAUUGGCUCUCGUCCAAACCUUGGUAGUUCAGGUUGGGUUCGCACUUAG